CCAUAGGUAUUAUCUAGCGGCAGAGUUGAUCUUUACAUUCAUGUUGCCUAUUCGGAACUUGGUGAAUCUUUAACCCAACAACCCCCAAAAAGUCCUCAGCUCCCCAAGCUAAUGAAAUCCUGAUACAGAGAGAGACGUGAAAAAAAUUGUAACAAUCUCAGUGAUCAUGGGAAUUGUUAGCAUUUCAUUCUGCACUUACAAAUUGUGGAAGUGGAUCAUUGCUAAACGGAAAGCAAGGAGAACGAAAGAAAAUGGGAUGUUAUUGCUCAACAAAGAGGAAUCACAUAAAAAAUUUUCUAGUGACAACCAGAAACAAGUCCAGGAGCUCCCACUAUUCAAUUUUGAGAUGCUGGUGAACGCAACAAGCAACUUCCAUCUAUCUAACAAGCUUGGUCAAGGUGGAUUUGGUCCCGUAUACAGGGGAAAAAUGUCAGAUGGACAAGAAAUUGCAGUAAAAAGACUUUCCAGAACCUCUGCACAGGGGUUAGAAGAAUUUAUGAAUGAAGUGGUGGUAAUUUCUAAACUCCAACACCGGAAUCUUGUUAGGCUCCUUGGCUGCUGUGUUGAAGGAGAAGAGAGGAUGUUGUUAUAUGAAUACAUGCCAAACAAAAGUCUGGAUGCAUUUCUCUUCGAUCCACACAAAGAAAGACUGCUAGAUUGGAAAAAACGCUUCAACAUUAUUGAAGGAAUUGGCCGAGGUCUACUCUACCUUCAUAGGGAUUCUAGAUUACGGAUUAUUCAUAGAGAUCUAAAGGCAAGUAACAUAUUGUUAGAUAAAGAGCUAAAUCCAAAAAUAUCAGAUUUUGGUAUGGCCAGGAUUUUUGGAAGUAAUGAAGACCAGGCCAAUACUAAUAGGGUCGUCGGAACUUAUGGCUAUAUGUCUCCUGAAUAUGCAAUGGAAGGCCGAUUUUCAGAGAAAUCAGAUGUCUUUAGCUUUGGAGUGUUGUUACUAGAGAUAGUUAGUGAAAGAAGAAACAGUAGCUUUUAUAAUGAUGAGCAGUCCCAAAGCCUUUUAGGACUUGCAUGGAAAUUGUGGAACACAAACAACGCUAUAGCAUUAAUAGACGUGAUGAUAUAUGAGCCCUGCUUUGAAAUAGAGAUUUUAAGAUGCAUACAAGUUGGACUGUUGUGUGUGCAAGAAUUUGCUCAAGAUCGGCCAACAGUAUCUGAUGUUGUUUCCAUGCUUAAAAGUGAGAUUGUUCAUCCGCCUCUUCCAAUGAAACCAGCCUUCAUUGAAAGGCAGAUCGCAUCAGAUACAGAUUCCUCUCAACGCAGCCAAACAGAAUGCUCUGUUAACAAUGUUACUGUUACAAUGGUUCAAGGUCGAUAGUUGGCAUGUGUUAUUGACAUAGUCAUGUUCUGGUUAUUUAUUCAUUUUGAACACUUUCAGAAGAAUCUUAAAACUUUUGUUUGUAUUCAACGAACUGAUCGAAUGUAUAUUCAAAACCAUUGGUACAAAUAAUAGACA